GCGACACCGGCUGAUGCGGACGUAAACCGUACAAGUUCGAAAUUUGAUCUGUUACGUCGUCGUUUGUGUUGUGCAAAGGAAGUGGUUUUCGAAAAAUUUGAAUCGAUACAUCAUGGACGACUGACUCCCAACGACUAGUGUUAUUUAAAAAUAUUUAGUGUUUUAAUAAGACUGAUAGUGUAAAGAUAGUCGUAUAAAAAUGGAGUUUAAGACGCAUUUUAUAGCAACAAUAACAUUAGUAAUAUUUGCGGCAACGUAUUCCGAUGGCGCCAGGGACGCAUCCUGCCCUCGUAUUUGUGGGCCUGCGCUGCAGGGUGAACCAGUCUGCGCCACUGAUGGCAUCAUUUACCCCUCGCUGUGCGAGAUGAGGAAGAAGACUUGUGGAAAAGGUGUAAAGUUGGCCCAAGAUCAAGGCUCGUGCUCAAGGGCGCAAGGCUCCAAAUGUGAUCAUCGCUGUACUGGCGAAAGGGAUCCGGUGUGUGGUACAAAUGGACGGACGUACCUAAAUCGAUGCAUGCUGCAAGUUGAAAUAUGCAGAGUCGGCAUCGGUCUCUCCCACUUAGGGGCAUGCAAUAACAUCAGCGCUCACCGAGAGAACUGCCCUGUGGACUGUUCACAAGCUCCAUUCGAUGGACCGAUUUGUGGUUCUGAUGGGAACGUGUACAAAAGCACAUGCCAGAUGAAGCUGCUAACAUGCGGCCAAGGUGUUGUAAAGACGAGUAAGAAGCACUGCCAAACAACGCGACACUGCCGCGAGUCCUGCUGGAGAGCGUCCAGACCCACUUGCGGGUCUGACGGGAAACUAUACGCCAACGCGUGCAGAAUGAAGGCUACUAAUUGCGGUAAACACGUCUUCGAAGUGCCCAUGGCGUUCUGCGUUUCCCAAGAGAGGACAUCAGGAGGCGAUUCGUGCCCUACAGACUGUUCUGGACAAAGGGAGAAGUUGAUCUGCGGAUCCGAUGAGAAUAUUUACAGAAAUGAAUGUGAAAUGAAAAUGCUUAACUGCGGAGCAAGCAAUAGGAAGAUAGUAAAAAAGGUCGACAUGGAGAAGUGCAAGGGGAAGAUGAGCAAAUGUCUGAAAGUGAAGUGCCCGAGCGACCCCGACCCCGUGUGUGGCACCGACGCCAACGUGUACACCAACCCUUGCCUGCUGAAGGUUGCUACUUGCCUUAAAGGAGUCCAGCUAGCCCACUUCGGUAAUUGCACAUUACUGCCGCGUAUGGAGACCGAUUGUUUGGACAACUGUGACAACGCUGUCGAACAACCUGUAUGCGGAUCCGACGGCAACGUUUAUAAAUCUGAAUGUGAACUGCGUAAACUGACGUGCGGGCAGCACGUGGUGUCCGUGGCCGCUGCUCACUGCAGAACGACCGCGCUCUGCCACGAGGACUGUCCGGACACACCAGCAUUUGUCUGCGGCUCAGACAACCGGUUUUAUAAGAACGAGUGCAUCAUGAAGAAAGAGAAUUGCGGAAAACACAUAUACGUAGUACCACUGAAGAGAUGCCUGGCGCGCUUCCAGUACUCCGGCUGUGCACGAGUGUGCUCGCCGGAGUACGACCCCGUGUGCGGCACCGAUGAUAAGACUUACUCCAACAAAUGCUUCUUGGAAAUGGAGAACUGCCGUUCAAGGAGUCUCGUCCAGCUAAAAUAUUUGGGUACAUGCACGGAACCCAUCGCUCAGGAACCGAAAAACUAUCUAUACCGAUAGAUUUAGCAUUUAUACGACUAGUUUAAAUAGUAAAGUCAUAUCAACGUAUUUCGCUUUCACAUAUCGAUGCAUUUUGGACGUGGAGUCCUCUAAAAUUAGUGCCAACAUUAAGUAAAAUAUAGGCUAACUAUCGUAGAGACCAAUACUAAAACGUCUUCCAUUUUCUCGAUGUUUAGUCAGUGACUUGUUUUAAUAUAAGUACAAAUUCUAAAAGGACGUUGGAGUGCGGCGUCGUUGAAUGGUGUCUCAAACGGAAAAAUAUAAGAAAAGUGAUAUAAUAAAUGUGUGGCAUUGAGUACAUUGGAAUAGUUCAAUUUUCCAAUGCUAAUUUUUAUUUUUCUAUUUAAUGUAAUAUUUAAGAUUUUCUUAAUCUCAGAAUCUAAAGCUACUUUCUUGAAGCUACCACUGUUAUACUACUUAGCAACGUAGUAUGUAAUAUUGUAGGUACAACUACGUACCAGAAAUAUAACAAAAACAUUGUAGACUUGGUUGUUGCUUGGGAAAAUCUUUAAUGUUCCUGUAAUAAAAUUAAGGACGUUCUGGAUCUAAGUCUGGAUAAAAAUGUAGAUCUAAUUUAAGACAAGCAAAGAAAUCAAUAAUGUAUCGAAAAUGUUUAUACGCGAUUACAAUUAGUUAUUAUUAUUUUAGUCCGCCCUUGCAUUUAUAUCAACAAAUGAAAUUCACUCUCUGAUUAACGUAAUAGAUAGAUAGGACCCUAUGUAGUUACUUUAUUACUAAGUUUUGACUGUUUAUUUAUUUCUAUUUAUUGUCUGAAUAGUUAGGAACGUGUAAAUAAAAAUACCUAGAAGUUUAUUUCGCCGUCUUUUGUCUUCACGUAGUUUUAUAUUGAUGUAUAAUUAAUGUUUUUACGAUCGAUAAGAUUUGAUUGAAGAAAUUUAUUUAUUACUUUCUAUUUAUAUUUACUUAGUUCAUAUUUAAGUUAUUAUUCUGUAUGCACUUAUUAUUGGAAAACCAUGUUUUCGGCCACUGGCCGCCUCGCUUAGCGUGGACUCUGCUAUUUACUUAUCAAUCAGUGUUUCACUAUAAUAAUAUUAUAGUACCUAUCAUACCUAUUACAAAAAACACAAUUUUGCAGACUUUAUAAUCCAGUACAGUGUUCUUUACAUAAUUUAAUAGAUAUUGUACGAAGUAAGAUUUUCCAGUGUAUUUUCUCUGAUUAAUAAACUACCUACUAAUAUUAUAAUAUACAUAUAUUUACGAUAGCAAAAAUUAAUGCGUAAAAAUACAUAAUACUCCUUGUAUACGUGUUUUAACGAACCCUAAAUAAAU